AUGGUGGACGACCCGUCCACCGACGGCGUCAUCGCGUGGGGCCGGGCCAACAACAGCUUCGUCGUCGCCGACCCCUUCGUCUUCGCGCGCACGCUGCUGCCCGCGCACUUCAAGCACUCAACUUCUCCAGCUUCGUGCGCCAGCUCAACACAUACGUGCGCCAGGGUGGCCGUGGAGGUGGUCCGGCUGAGGCGGGAGCAGAGAGCCAACGAGGAACAGCUGGUGGCGAUGCGGCGCCGCGUGCAGGAGACCGAGCGCCGGCCCAGGCAGAUGCUCGCGCUCCUCGCUAGGGCCGGCGGCGACGUGGACGCCAUGGCCGUCGACGGUGUCCGUGGCUCCGUGCCGACUGUUUCGAACCCGUCAGGUGGCAGUUUGCUGCUGAGUGAUCGAUCGUGAUCGACGUCGUCUAGCCGUCUAGGUGUGUGCGUGUUGCGUGCAGAUCAUUGAGCAAACCUUCUGUGAGACAACAAGACUGCCUGAUCAGGUUCAGGACCGGGAUCUGGAAAUCAACACAAGAAACCAAUUUCGAUUUGCAGGUUGGGACAACAUCCAGUGACUGGAUUC